ACAGACACACAGUGAAUACAGAAGGACACUGGCUGAGCAGGAGCUUCUUGGGAGACAGAGUUCAUGCCCACUGCACCAAUCACUAGGCUUCCAAGAAAAGACUUCGAUCUGCACGCCAGCCAAGUCUAUCAGGAAGAGGGCCCCUGAAUACCCAUCAUGAUGAACUGGCACAUGAUCAUCCCUGGACUUAUUGUAGUGGUGAUCAAAGCUGUCGGGAUGACCGUGUUUCUGCUGUAUUUCUCACAGAUUUUUGAAAGAAACAAUGAAAGCUUCACUCCCACAGAAAGCUAUGGAACAGCAUGCUCCAAAGACUGGGAUCUUUAUCAAGGAAGAUGUUUUUGGUUUAGCAUCUCUGAAUCACCUUGGAACGCCAGCAAUGAGGACUGUAUAAGAAAAGGAGCCAUGUUGGCAAUUGCUGACACGCCAGAGAAACUGAAUUAUCUCCAAGGCAUAGCUGGUGCUGAGAAAUACUUUAUUGGUCUAAUACGUCAGCCUGCAGAGAAAAACUGGCGCUGGAUCAACAAGUCCCUAUUCCGUGGAACUGUUGCCAAUGAGAAUCCAAACUUCAACUGUGUCACCAUAGGUCUGACAAAGACAUUUGACGCUGCGUUGUGUGACACUAGCUAUCGCUGGAUCUGUGAGAAGACCCCCAAGUGAUCACAGUUCUCUGUGAUGAGAAUUUAAAAAUACCUACAGAAAUAACAAGAAAAUAAUUAAUGACUGGGACUCAUCCAAGAAAUACAGACCAUCAAAAACUGUCCAUCUUCCUCAUGCUGCUGGGAGAGCUCCCUAGUGAAUUCCUAGGGCAUUACAAAUACACUCAGAUGCUCACCUGCAACCAAACAUUUCCCAAGACUAAAUUUCCUGUAAGGGGCAAACCUAUGACUCGGGAUCAUCACAGGCCAUCUAGUGAAUUAAUGAGCUGUUUUAAUCUGUCUACUAGUGGAGGUCCUUGUCCGUUUGGGAAAUGACCUUCUGCAGUCUGCUGGGGGAGCUGGGUGUUAGCCAUCUCCACCACCAGGGCAAGCUUCCCGGAGGGCUCACAGUUGGUUUCAAAAUGAAGUAUGUUCCUGUAGGGCUGAGAACUGCUGACAGUUCAACAGGGUUUAGCCGGCUGACAGAAUGCGCUGUCUUCUCAGAGAACAGUCCUGCACUACUGAGGAGAACCUGCAGAUGAACAUGCGUGAGCACUAUUUAGAAGGCAGUGUGAAGAGAAAAGGGAUGAACUCAGUUUCAGGACCUCAUCUGUUCCCAAAAGACACCUAUUGGCAUGCCUCUCCCCACAAGCGGAGGAAGCCAGAGGCCAUCCUCAGUUUGAAUUUAGGCCAGGCUUUGGAGUGGCUCCCUAGAGUUCAACUUGAAACAGAAAAGGCAUUGCUUGUAAAAAUGGAUGUGGUUUUGGCUAAGACAGUAAGCAACAAACUGAAUAAGCAGGGAUUCCCCUAAAGAGAACCAGACAGUCUAGGAUGAGGUUAUAAGUUGAUAAUAAAAUGCUUGCUUAGCAUGUCCAGA